AUGCGCCGGGAAGAAGUAGAGCUCACUCAAGCUGAUGCGCAGCUCACGUCUUCUGUACCUCAGACCUCGUCAACAACACCAAGCGAUGCAACUAGUCUCUUGAGAAUGCCCGGGACCAAAGAAGCGAAAAGGUGGGACGAGGCGCGUUUGGAGUUUGAGAAAAAGCAUGAAGCGGAGUGGAAUUUCCUGAACGAUAGGUUGAAAACACUCGCUACUAGCGAUUGGAGUUCGAAGUUCAUCACCGCUGAUCUCGAUCUACCCCAAUGUAUCCAGCAGAAUUCCACCUCAAAAGAAGUCGUACAUCGUAUGAAGCGAUGGUUACCAAGCUUAGCUUCUGUCAAAAGCGUUGUCAUGCCUAUAGCAGCUCUCGAUCCUAACAAGCUUGCACCUAUAUGUUGUGCAAUCGUAUUCAGUACCACUGAGCUUUUUGUCAACGGUCCAAAUCCGGAAUUUCGAACCAAGGCUCUAGACGCUUAUUUCGAAGCUGCCAAUACUAUCAGUGAAUGGAUUUCCUACGAGACGACAUCGAUACAAGAGCCCACAGAAGGAGUCAAGGAGCUGGGAAAAGAGCUUCCCAACGUGUACAUCAUGGCAUUACACCUCAUGCAUGAUAUCCAAUAUGCUACGUAUAAAUUCCAAGCCGACUCUAAGCUUGAACGACUCAAAGCGAAAGCUACCACGACGUUCAAAGACCACACCGUUAUAUGGGAUGAGAGGGUCAAGGACAUCAAGAGAGUUCGAGCUACCUUGUCCCGAAGAAGAAAGGCAAUCGAAGAAGAGGACGCUCUGGGGGACAAAGUGGCUAAGAUUCUCGAAUGGAUCAAGCAAAAGGAUGACCCAGAAGAAUCAUUGAGUAAGAUUGAGAAUAAGAUUACAUCUGAAAGACGAUCGAAGAACUAUGCGCAAUGUUUCCUUGACUUGGCCGAAUACAGGACCUGGUUCGAGGCCUUCCAUCAAUGGGAGGAUACGACAACACAGCCAGAGGUAGUCCCCUUACCCCGUGUUCUUUGGAUCAACGGUUCUUACGGCACGGGAAAAACAACAAUCGCUUAUCGAAUCUUGUUGACUUUACAAGCACUUGAAGUCGUACAAACUCCGGAUGAGCCGCUCCUAAUUAUCCCCUACUUCUGCUCCGCUCUAGGUUCCAAGAGACCCGACUGUGAGACUGUCAUCCGCUCACUUGUCAGGAAGCUAUCGUGGAACUCAGAUUACUCAGUUGCUGACCCCGCGCGCUCGAUCUACACUAAGUUUAGUAAAGGAUUGAAAGAGGACCCUUCGAUCGACGACUGGCAACAAGUGUUGGGCGACAUCAUUCUUGGAUAUGGUGCAACAGCGAGACUCGUGUUUCUCGUAGACGCGCUUGACGAGUUUACCGAUAUUACAGAGGGGGCACAUUUUCUCGACCGUAUGCGGAAAGUUGCAGAUAUGCAUCCCAACGUGUAUCUCAUAUUCAUGUCACAUCAUUAUGUUAGAGUGGAUCGAUAUUUUGACAGAUCGAUUCUGCUACAGUAUGAGGUUCGGCAGGGUGACACGAAAAAGGACGUGGAAGCCUUUAUCGAUACGGAAAUUGCGUUCCGGAGACAGGCGCCUGGCUCUAAAGAGUCCAUCUUCUUUACAGCAGGUCAUAAAGAGCUUGAAACCAAAAUGCGGCAGCUUUUGUUAGACCGGGCUAGGGGCAUGUUCGUCUGGAUCAAGGUUUGGCUUCAGAUCCUAUUGCCUACACAUCAUCCACAAAAGACUGUGCUCAGCGCGAAUCGUGCCCAACACCUGCUCGCUGAGUUGGAUGACUCAAAGAACGACACCCAAGACGAGCAGCUCAGAACAGCCUAUCAACGCCUCUGGACGCAAAACGAAUACGAUGACUUUGUCGAGACAAGGCGAGACCUUUUCCGCUUUGUUCUUUGUUGGCUUACGCCGUUGUCGAUCCAAGAGCUAACGAAGAUUCUGCGGGUCGGUCAUGAUCACAAGGGAUCACAUUAUGAAAGCCUAACUGAGGAGUGGGUACGCACUCUAGGAGCAGAUUUUCUUACCAUCGACACUGAAAGCAUAAUCACAUUCGCCCACGACUCCGCAAGGCACUUUGUUCUUGGUCUUGCUGAAGAUGGCCAACAAAGUCCUAAUACGGCACAGCCACUCCUGUUCCAGAGUGAAAAGAGUCAUCGUCAGGUGAUGAGGCUGUUCAACACGUUGUUUGGGUCACCUGGACAGUCAGUCCAUGAUUACGAAUUCAUUCAUUCACUUGGAGAGUAUUUCGAACGCCAUUUACCACGGCACUGCGAAUUGGCUGUACUUGAUCCCCUCGUUGUUGACAGUUCAUGGGAAACGUUGUUCGAUGGAACAAGUAGCACCUUUCAUGCAUGGCUGGUCUCUGGACAACCCUGUAAGACGCGAUUCACCAUUCCUCCUGAGAUCAUCCAAGAUGAUAGCGUCUCAUGCAAAGCAGCAUGGCUUGGCUUUCCGUGGAGUCGCGCUGUAUCUGACAAAUAUUUCGAAACUCUGGGACAAGACCGACAGUACUGGGGAGAGCAAGAACGUUAUCUAAAGCGCAGGCUUGAUGGCUCUUUAGACUUUGGCGCUUUGACAGUAGCGACCAAGAGUCAUAACAGGUACGUAGGAUUGUUCUUGCUCCUUGGCGUUCAUCACUUGCAUGGUCGGGCAAUUGUUCUGGAACUGAUUUCGUCCUUCUGCGACUUCGCUGGGUCUUCUGAGAGUGUUCAGAAGUUUUUAGGAUCUAAUAAGAAGCUAUAUUUGGGGGUAUUCUUUAGGAAACCGAUGGCCCUCAACUUCUUCCUAGAUCAUAUCACCCAACGUUGGGAGGAUGCUGAGAACGCCGCCGAGCACACCGAAAAACUAGAAACGGUACGAAAACAGGUGGGGGGUUUGCGGGAACUAAUGUUGAUUGCGAAAUAUUCUUCCAAGUCCAGUGGUACAUCAGCUUAG